AUGAGAGACCUCGUCUCGAAUGUAUCUAGAAUACCCCGUCCACUCUGGGCUGCCGGACUCGGCGCUAUUGGCAGUCUCGUGCUUUUUCGCUGGACGAAUUCUUAUCUGUCCAAGUGGGGGCUAAAUAACCACGUCAAGGACAGCACAUGGGACUGGGAGCGAGAGAUUGUCGUUGUAACCGGAGGAAGCAGUGGCAUCGGGGCGAAGAUCGUCUCUUCAUUGGCAGAACAAAACAUCAAAGUUAUCAUUCUGGAUGUGGUAGAUCCUGGCGAAGAACUGGUAGAUCGUAAUGUAUUCUUCUAUGCAGUUGAUAUCACCAAUGUCGAAGACCUGCAAGCCACCGCGAAUCGCAUCCGAUCGGAACACGGCGAUCCCACCGUUCUCAUCAACAAUGCAGGAACAGGAUCCGGCAGGCCAAUCCUCAAGAUCCCCGCGGCGCAAGCUCAAAGGGUCUUCCAUGUCAACAUUUUAUCGCACUUCUCAUUGAUUCGGGAGUUCCUGCCGUCAAUGGUAGCCCGGAACCACGGGCAUAUCGUGACCAUGGCCAGUACAGCUUCGUUUCUCACGCAGGGCGCCAACGUGGACUAUUCGUGCACCAAAGCUGCGGUGCUAUCAUUCCAUGAGGGACUAAGUCAGGAGCUGCGAUUUGUCUACAAGGCACCCUGUGUUCGAACAACAAUCGUGCAUCCAAGCUGGGUCCGUACGGCUAUGAUUCAGCGCUUCCUCGACAAGGGUAUAGUGAAUAAUGCGGCAAUUGAACCGGAAGACGUUGCGGGGGCAGUGGUUAAUCAGAUACUGUCUGGUUAUUGGGCGCAGAUCAUACUGCCAGCCAGUUUGGGCUGGCUUUCGCUGUUUCGAGGCCUCCCAUCAUGGUGGCAAGAGAAGAUGCGUGGCUGGCUCACCGAAUCUUAUCUGAAAGGGAUCAAUUAA